GCCUGACAAAUAGGAAAAUACUACAAAGUGAAGAGAAAAUUCACUUCACGAGAACUGAGCUCUGCUUUCAUGGUCUUUUAAAUUUUAUUUGUAUUAAUAACUGAUUAGUAUCAGAUCAUCUCUGUAGUCUACUGUGGUGAAAUUGUUAGGUUAAAGCUGGAAAAAAUGAAACAAUUAAAAAGAAAAAGAAAAAGCAAUUUUAGCGUUCAGGAAACUCAAACUCUCCUUAAGGAAAUCAGAAAAAGGAGAGAAGUACUCUUUUCAAAGCAACUUAAUACAACAAUUAAUGAGAUGAAACGGAAAGCUUGGGAGGAAAUAGCAGAGUGUGUAAAUGCUGUAGGUGAAGGAGAGCAAAGAACAGGGACAGAAGUGAAAAGGCGAUACCUUGACUGGAGAGCACUCAUGAAGAGAAAACGUCUCAAUGCAAACAUCAAAGUAGUAGGUGCUGGGUUUCACCUUCCUUCAUCCAAUUUAGAUGACUCUCUCAAUGAAGACAUGGAUGAGAAAAUGGGAUUUGCAAUUGAAUCUAGUUUUGAAUGGCAAAAUAUCACUGACUUCAGAGAAGCCGGUGGAUCUUUAACAGAAAUCAAAGUAGAAGAGGAAGAGGAGGAUCCGCAGAAUUUUGAAUUUCCUAUUGAGGAAGAAGAAGAAAUUUUGUCAUCAGUUUUGCCAGAUUCAAAAAAAGAAAAUGACCUUCCAGACUUCCCCCACAUUGAAGACUUUGGAAAUCUAAGCUCUGCUCAAGCUAGGCUAGCCUAUGAAGAUUCUCACUUGCUUAUAAAUCUGGAGAAGCAGAAGGUGGAGCUGGAGAAGCAGCGACUAGACAUUGAAGCCGAAAGGUUGCAAGUGGAGAAGGAGCGCCUGCAAAUUGAAAAAGAACGGUUGCGGCACGUUGACUUGGAGCGUGAGAGGCUUCAGAUUGAGAAGGAGCGACUUCAGAUUGAAUGGGAGAAACUCAGGCUAGAGACUCUGCAUGCUGAAAAACCUGCCCUGGAAAAUGACCUCACCCAAACAGAAAAACCCAUCAUGCAGCCUCUGGAUCUAGAAACUGAAAAGUUGAAACUUGAAAAAGAACGUUUGCAGUUAGAGAAAGAGAGGCUGCAGUUCCUAAAGUUUGAGUCAGAGAAGCUGCAGAUUGAGAAGGAGCGCUUGCAAGUGGAGAAGGAGCGCCUUCGAAUUCAGAGAGAAGGUCACUUGCAGUGAACUUUGUGACUGAAGUGUCAUUAGUGUUUCAGUGUUUGUAAAAUAGAGAUAGUUCUUUUUCUUAAUACUGAAUCUGUCCUAGUGGCUUAACAUUCUUCUGUUCAGAGUUGAAUGUUGAUGUUAAACUGAAAAAGAAAAAAAAAAAGAAAAAGGAAUGGUGCUCAGUAUGUCAGUGUGCCUACAUAAGUGAGCUUAUGUGUGGAAUUCUUUUCGGUGUAUCAGAACUAAAUGUUAUGUUCUCUUGUCUUCAGUAUUGUGUUGUAUUAGUUUGAUGUCCUCCUCUCAGACACAUUGAGAAGAAUCAAGGCUGAACCUUGUACUUUUUUCACUGUACUAACAGUAAG